AUGAGCGACAACAAGAACAAGGACAGCAGCAGGAACGGCGUCAAGAACGGCAGCCCGAUCGGCCCCGCGAGCAGCAACACGCAGCCGCCCGAGACGCCAACCGCGACCGAGACCGAGAACGCGCCCAGCACCGAGAACGAGACCGAGACCCCGUCCACGACCCAGACCCCGGCCAAGCCCAAGACGUCGGCCCUGGACAAGAUGAAGCAGAAGAACGAGGCCAGCGGCGGGAAGGUGGUCAUGGACAAGAUGGAGAGGAUGAACUUGUUCGACUCCACGAAGGCGUCUGAGGUCAAGACCAAGGGCGCGUACGAGAAGGGGACCAUCAAGAUGCAGGAGGGCGGGAUGAUGAUCGCCGGCAGGAACGUGGGCGCGGAGCAGAGCGAGCCCGACUGGAGCGAGGAGCAGAAGGCCUUCAUCGAGAAGAUGGUCACAACCAAGCUCCCGAUCAACGACGUGACCGACAGCAGGAGGAGCGUCAUGGACAGGGAGAUGAAGUACGUCGCGAGGGACGACAACGGUACGAUCGUGCCCACGGAGGAGGGCUACGUCUCGGCCCUGGACACGUCCGCGUACUGCAUCGGGGUCGGGCCCUACAAGUACGACGUGACCGGCGGCGCGAGGCACUACUCGGAUGCGGUCGUGGCCGGGAUCGGGGGCGACUGGAUGCUCAACCAGUGGACCUCGGAGUGGGUCGUGAUCGAGGGCGUGGCCCCGGAUGUGUUCAUGAAGCAGCACAGGGUCGGGUCCGCCACCCAGAACAACCGCAGGAUCGGCGUCAACUUCGCGCGCAUCGGCCUGCCCAAGCUCGCCUUCGGGCCCCUGUUCAACUCCUUGAGCGAGAACUACCCCGGCGUCAUGGGCCAGAUCGUGCAGACACCCGGCUACUACUGGACGAACGCAUCCUGGGGCGUGUCCUCGUUCGCGGCCACGUUCUCGUACAUGGAUGGGGACGGCCAGUUCAGGAAGACGAGCAACCUGAGCGACGUGAUGAGGAUGUUGGGCGGCAAGUCGUCCUUGUCCCUGGCUACGGUGGCGAUCUCGAUCACGUGCCCGUCCAAGUCGGAGGGCGACAGGCAGGUCCCGGACAAGAGCACGCACGGGCUCAGCAUCAAGCUCCACAACGCGUUCGGCGUCUCGGUCGUGGACUACCACGGACCCCCGCAGCAGGGCGCGACUGGCAUGAUGAUCCCGAAGAGGUUCAUCCAGAACGCCAAGUCCAUGAGCGGGUCCGCGGCCGGCGGCACAGGCAUGGGCAUCUUCGCGAGGCCGAACACGGGUACGGGCGCGGGCAAGAACCUCUUCGGCAGCGGGUCCCAGGCCGUGCCCUCGGUCAAGAGCGACGACAACAGCACCGACAUGAGCCAGAACGAGCCGCUGACCGAGACCAACACCAGGAGCAGGUCCUGGAAGAGGGUCAAGGAGUGGAUCAUGAAGAACAACGGCAAGACGACCAAGGCGUCGACGAAGGUCUCGACCAUCACCAACAUCAUGCACGACAACGACGUCCUGGUGGUGGUGUGCCCCAGCUGCACGACCGCGAGGGCGGCCACGAGGACCGAGUUCGCCUUGGGCAAGUUCCUCAACAUGUUCACGAACCCGAACCUGGGCACGAUGACUGCCUUGAUGGUGUCUUCGUACUGCGACCUGGUUCACAACAGGUGCUCGCACGAGUCCAAGAGAAGCAUCGCGGCGCUGGACAUGAGCACGGCUUGGUUCGCGAGCGGGGUGCCGUACGAGAUGAUGGACCAGAUUUUGGGCGAGGUUGUGGUUGUACCCUCGAACGAGACGAAGGACGAGAUUGUGUUCUUGAGUUCGAACGAGACCGUGGCGCUGUGCAGGAGCAUGCACAGGGUGCCGCUCAAGAUCGGACCCGAGGACGCCACGUGGCCCAAGGACGACGACUGCUGGACGGACAUGAACUGGGCCCCGUAG